CGGUAGCACCAACUACAGCCACUGGGCGCUCCAGAGGGGCUCGCUUUUCGCCGCUCGGUUCUCCUUCCAACAAUGGACCUGAUCGCGGCCCUGGAUCUGGGCGAUUUGGCCGCCGCCUUCGCCCGCCUGCCUGUUUUCCCUGUUUUCGACUUGGGCUACUUCAUAGUCUCCCUCCUCUACCUCAAGUAUGAGAAAGGUGCGGUGGAACUGUCCCGGAACAGCCCCUUGGCCUCUUGGGUCUGUGCUAUGCUGUACUGUUUUGGCAGCUAUAUCCUUGCUGAUCUCCUGCUUGGAGAAUCCCCUAUUGAUUACUUCAGCAACAACUCCAACAUACUUCUGGCUACAGCUGUCUGGUACCUAAUCUUCUAUUGUCCGUUGAACUUAUUUUACAAGUGUGUCAGCUUCCUGCCAGUCAAACUGAUUUUUGUGGCGAUGAAAGAGGUAGUCCGAGUUCGCAAGAUCGCUGCUGGUGUUCAUCAUGCCCACCACCAUUACCACCAUGGUUGGUUCAUUAUGGUCAUCACUGGAUUUGUCAAAGGUUCUGGAGUUGCCUUGAUGUCCAACUUUGAGCAAUUGCUGCGUGGCGUCUGGAAGCCAGAAACAAAUGAGUUCCUUCAUAUGACUUUUCCAUCCAAAGCCAGUCUGUAUGGAGCAUUGCUCUUCACCCUUCAGCAAACCCAGUGGCUUCCCAUCUCCAAAGCUACCCUCAUCUUCUUCUUCACUAUUUUUAUGAUCAUCUGCAAGGUGUUCCUGACAGCAACUCACUCCCAUGGGUCCCCACUUGCCCCUCUGGAAAAUGUGGUGUGUCCCAUCCUCUUUGGCUCUGCCAGUCAUGAUAAUCAUCACCACCACCACCACCACCCUCACCCUCAUGGAGGAUCUCAGGAGCCAUCCCUUCUGUCACCACCUCAGAUGCCAGCCAAAUCAAGGGAGGAGCUCAAUGAAGGAACCCGGAAACGGAAAGCCAAGAAGGUGGAAUGAGCAUCAAGAAGGCCGACGGAUCCAUCUGAACCACCGCAACUUUGCUGCAAACCUUGUGUGUGACUUUAUGGCCUUCCAAAGACAUGGUUGGAGGAGGCUCUGAGGAAGACCAUUCCUCUUCUUCUGGCCCCUGCCAUGGUUGUCCUGGCCUGUCACCUG